AUGGCAGAUGGCGGGAUUCGUCCUGCUCCUCAGGCAGAAGUAGAGGAUCAGCAGAAACAUGGAGCGGGUUUGGCUGUGUAGCUUUUCGACGCUGUGGCUGAUUUACAGUUUCUUCUCGGUCGCUGCUGCAGGCAACGAGUGGAGGAAGAUGAGAGAAACCGUGUCUGAGGCUGUUGCAGGAUUCUCUGCCUGCAGCCCUGUGAACUGCAGCUGCCACCUGAGUGUCCUACAGCAGGACCUGCGGCCCUUUAAAGGACGCAUCUCUGAGGACUUCAUGGCUGCGACUGUCCAGAGAGGAGUGGGCACACACUACCAGGUGAUCGACCACAAGCUGUACAGGGAGCACAACUGCAUGUUCCCCGCCAGGUGCAGUGGAGUGGAGCAUUUCAUCCUGGAGCUGAUCGAUAGGUUACCUGAUUUAGAGAUGGUGGUAAACGUCAGAGAUUACCCUCAAGUUCCCAAGUGGGUGCAGCCGACCCUGCCUGUCUUCUCUUUCAGUAAGACCUCAGACUACCAGGACAUCAUGUAUCCUGCGUGGACGUUUUGGGAGGGCGGACCUGCCGUGUGGCCCAUAUACCCCACAGGUCUGGGGAGGUGGGAUCUGAUGAGGGACGACCUCAAAAAGUCAGCAGCUCAGUGGCCGUGGACGAAGAAAGACUCUAAAGGAUUCUUCAGAGGCUCCCGGACCAGUCCAGAGCGAGACCCGCUGAUCCUCCUGUCCAGAGACGCUCCAGAGCUGGUGGAUGCAGAGUACACGAAGAACCAGGCCUGGAAGUCUGAGAAGGACACACUAGGGAGUCCUGCAGCCAAAGAAAUCCCACUGGUCGAUCACUGCAAAUACAAGUAUUUAUUCAACUUCCGCGGCGUGGCAGCCAGCUUCCGCCUCAAACAUCUCUUCCUCUGUGGUUCUCUGGUGUUUCACGUGGGGGAUGAGUGGCAGGAGUUUUUUUACGCUCAGCUCAAGCCCUGGGUUCACUACAUCCCCGUCAAGCAGGACCUCUCCGAUGUCAGGGAGCUUCUACAGUUUGUCAGAGAGAACGAUGCCAUCACACAAGAGAUCGCCUCAAGGGGUAAAGAAUUCAUCCUCAACCAUCUGCGGAUGGAGGAUGUUUCCUGCUACUGGGAGAAACUUCUCACCGAGUUCAGCCGCCUUCUCACCUACAAACCCAAGAGAAAGAGCAACUACAACCAGAUCGUCCACAGACCCAGGAGGACGGAGCUGUGAGAUUCUGCAGAACCAGGGUCGCUGCAGUGAAGGGAAACUCCAGAGAGUGAAUGUAAUCCCUCCAGCACAACAUAUGAUUGAAUGAAAUCACACUACAGUAUUUUUAGACUCAUUUAUUUCUGAUGACGUCAGUGUUUUGGUCUCAUAGAUGUCGUGAAUAUAGUUUACUGAGUUUACCUUCAAGUGCCACUCCUCUGCCAAAUCUUCAUCGGCCGUUCCAACCGAUUUUACCUGUCGAUUUAAGGCAGUUUAUUUCUCAUGUUAAACAGAAACAGUUGUAGGUUUUCUGUGGCUCAGGAGGAGGAGAGAAUACUCUACAAUACUCUUUUUACUACAGAGAGUAUUUAUAAACUCAGAGUGGGAGGUGUGAAAUAUGUGGCAGUAGGAGUCGAAUGGAAAAAAACAGUUACAUUAUGGGAAAUGCAGGAUUCCACUUUUAAAGUUUGUCAAAGUCCUGAUAAGUUGAUUUCUGCCUGUUGAAUUUGUUCUGGUGAGUGUUUAAGGCCUAUAUAUCUUUACUUGAAGCAACGUCCCCCUCUGUUGGACAACUGAAGACACUGCAGACGACUGCCACCAUCACAUCCUUACACUGCAUAAAUGAUAUUUAUGCAAACGAUGCAAUAACCAUGUCACUGUUUAUUAUUAAAUGGGCUCUGACACAACUUGGUUCAUAACUUGAAAGCACAAAAUAAUGUGACAUUCCACACCAAGGGUCAACAGUCACAGAAGAAGUCUUUUAUUUUGAAAUGUGGCCUUUUAUACAGAAUCUUUGUGUGUGUUGAGAGAUGACGUGUGAAUGACACAGGACAGGGGUGAAUAUGUUGUAGUAUUCACAUUGUUCUGUGAACCAGCAGAACCAGUCAGUGUCUCUUUAUACAGACGUGUGGUAAAGAUGGUACGUGCCAAUGUUGACCAACACGCUGUGAUCACGCGACGUCCAUGUUGUUGUGCUGUUUUGUUUUUAUGCCAAUAAACUGUUUGGUUCUCAA